AUGUGUGCCUUUGCGCCGUUGAUGCUACCAAUGUGGCCAAUCGUCGCGCCUUCCCUGCGUGAAGACCCCAAAUUCGGGAUAGAUCCCUACACUAUAACCAGGCCUAGUCCAGCUUCAUCUGUCGGGGGUUGGUCGACUAAGGGUCGAGGGAACCAGGUUUAUCAAUGGCACAAUGCACGGCGACAAUACGAUUUAAAACCCAGCAAGUGCCUUGAUCUCCCACCCAUGUAUGUCCAAAGACCUUCGCUGCAAAUAACUCUGAAUCGAUACGUAGGUCUGAAGUCACUAGUCGGUCGUAAAAGGCUCGUAGAAGUUGGUAUUCGAACUGCUGAAGUUGUGCGCCGUAUUUAUGAAAUCGCGGUUGGAUUACCCUUGCUUAUGAAAGAGCUGUUGCCUGAAUCCUACCAGAUAAGUCGCACCAUGUUCGUCAUUUGUGCGCCUCUACCUUAUACUGAGGAAACCAAUUUCCUCUCAAACUGUUCAUGGUCGUCCAACUUUGGCGUCGCGAAACUCCGAAGCGGAAGGCAUCGUAUGAAGAUUAGGAGUGGCAACCAUUUACCGGACGCCAAAUGA